AUGCUAUCAACUGUUCUCGUCGCAACGGUGCUGGCUGGCAUCGUUCGCGCACAGAAUCCCACCGCCGUGGCUCUCACUCCCUCAUCUGACUGGUAUGGCAUCGACGGGAACUGGUCGACCGUCAAGUUCCAGCUUGGCACGCCUAAGCAGUCGGUCAACGUUCUCGUGAGCACAUCACUAUCAGAGUUCUGGGUUGUUGGUUCUGGUGGCUGCAUCGCAAAGGAGCCUCUCUGCAAUGCCGCUCGGGGCAACGUUUUCACGGUUGCCGACUCCAAGUCUUGGGACCCGUUGGGUGGAUGGCAACUCGGCCUCGACUACCUUGGCUACGGCGGCAAUGGUGAUUAUGGCUUGGAUUCGCUUUCGACGACUACCAUGGCGGGAGAUGCUAUUAGCAUGGACAACAUCAUCACGGCUUCGAUCAAUAGUACGGAUUACUAUCUCGGCUUCCUUGGUCUCGGCAUCACAAAGGGUAGCUUUGGCAAUGAAAUUGCUGAGUCGCCCCUCACACAAGCCGUCAAGACUUACGGCUGGAUUCCUAGUUACAGCUAUGGCUAUACUGCCGGAGCUUAUUACAAGGGCACUUCUGGCACGCCGUGCUCAAUUACACUUGGAGGUUACGAUGCCAGCCGAUUCGUGCCUCACAACACGGAAUUCUCCUUGGAUCCCAGUGACGGACUGCCCCAUGCUCUGGUUCGAGGUAUUCAGGUCACCGCGGAUGAUGACAAGCCAGUUCCAAGUGGCUGGGAUUCCCGAACUCGACUUUUGUCCAACAUGUCAACUUCAUUUUCAGCCAUGAUCGACAGCUCCACUCCCUACCUUUGGCUACCAGAUGCCAUCUGCGACGAAUUCGCCAAAGCUUUCAACCUCACCUACAACAGCACUUUCGAUCUUUACACAGUCACUAAUGACCAGUACGCUGCCUUCAAAGCCGGAUCGUCGUCUUAUUCCUUCACGUUCUCCUUCACAAGUCAUGACAACACCGACGAUUUCGGACGCCCACUUCAAGUCCCUGGUGUAGUCAACAUCACGAUUUCAGCGGCAGCAUUCGCUCAAGUUUUACGCUAUCCGUUCAUGGAGGGGACGAUCGGAUAUGGCGACCCUGCUGUGCCAUACUUUCCUCUUCGUCGCGCUUCAAACUUCACAAACACCUUCAUCAUUGGAAGAUCGUUCCUCCAAGAAGCAUACUUGAUCACCAAGUAUGAUAGCGGUGUUUUCUCCCUCCACCAGGCACUCUUCCCGGAGAACCCGCAAGCGCACCUGAAUGUGUCAGAAAUCAAGCAACCUGACAACAGCCCGUAUCCUCCGCCGCCUUCUCAAGGAAACAUUCACGGCCUCUCAACGGCCCAGAUGGGAGGUAUCGUGGCUGGUGUGGUCGCAGCUUGUCUCAUCUUAGUUAUUGUGUGGUACUGCCUCCGCCGACGGAAGAGAGCAGCACGCAAAGCGGCAGCCCGGGCGAUUGAGGACGGUAAGGACACAGCUUCAACCAUCAUGCCAGAGCCACCCAAGAGCCCAAUGGCCAAGAUCUUCUCCAGAAUACUCGGCAGAAAGAAGGUUAGGACCCGCUCUCCCCUCGAGGUCAUGGGCAGCACAUCCCAGCCCAUCGAAGUAGCAGCCGACACCAACCACGCAGUGUACGAGCUGCCGGCACCGAACGCUCCCAUCGAAUUGAACGGGGACGACAAGUCAGUUCAUGAGCACUUCGUGUUCAACACAGAAGAGAGGCGAGACCUAGACUCGUACGAAACAGCAAGAAGAAAGGUGGAAAUUCAGCUUCAAGGCCCUGUGCCAGCAUACUCUCCGCCUGAGAAUCCCGCAGACUUUCCGCCUCCUGAAAAAUCAGUGCAAGACUUGGAGCCCGUCGCACCAUACAGGCUAGCUGAGGUCAACUCGUCAGCAUCUGCAUCGACUCCUUCAUCUCCCACGUCGCCAACCUCUGCCACUGCUUGCGACAACUUGUCAUCCAAUCAGGGAUCCCUGCCGUCGCCGAUGAGUAGUCCGCAGGGCAACUGGACGAAUCGGAUGUCGGACCUUCCCUCGCCUAUGACUGAUGAGCAUACAUACCCGUCGCCUUCCUUCACGCUUAGCAAUUACGCGCACACAAUGCCUCGGCCUGUCUCUAUGGACAGUGAGAUAUUUUCCAUGAACCGAUCGAACUCAUCCAGCGCGCCACCGUCCGCAUCACUGCCGCUACUGCCUGUUUCUCCUGGAUCGACAUACCAGAGAACGCCUGUCGAGCCCUCCAACGUAGUUUGCGUUGGGCCUCUACCGGGCAACGUUUCUCUUUUGGAGCCCCAAGUAGUCGCCCCAUUGUUUUCGCAAGGGAAUACUCUUCUUCAAGUCCCCGACCUCGUAACUGAUCGCCGUCUCUCGACCGAUACCUUGGGAAGCAACUUCACCGAGUUCGAAGAGCAGCUCAUGGCGCAGCAAGAGUUGACGAGACAGACGAGUCUGCCCGAGACCCAGCGAAGGAGCCGAAGCGCGGAGCCUAGUUUUUCGCGGACCCAGGGCCGACUCGACGGUACGGAAUGGAUUCACGUCCCGCAGCCUGCCGAGCGGCGAUUCAGCUGGGAGGAGUAG